UAUUAGCAGGCAGCUGCCGGAUAAAGGGUUUUUCUGAGCCACGUAGUAUAGCUUACUUCCUUGUGAAAUGGCAGCCGAGAACUCGGAUUUCUACUAGUUUUCUCCGCUUGUGAAAUGGCAGCCGAGAAGGGGAGCAACAAGCGGAUCAUCCUCAAGGACUACGUGACGGGGUAUCCCAGGGAAGGCGACAUGGUCCUUAUCUCCUCUGACAUCGAGCUCAAAGUUCCCCCUGGCUCCGCUGCAGUUCUCGUCAAGAUUCUCUACCUCUCCUGCGAUCCCUAUAUGAGGGGAAGAAUGUCGAAACCGGUGGUGAAAAGCUACAUUGGGCCUUUCACCCCCGGAUACGUUAUAACGGGCUAUGGUGUUGGGAGAGUUGUGGACUCUGGACACCCUAACUUCAAAGCUGGAGAUUUGGUAUGGGGAAUAACUGGAUGGGAGGAAUAUAGUCUAAUAGAAGCACCUGACAGUUUGAUCAAAAUUAAGUAUACCGAUGUGCCUCUUUCCUACUAUACAGGAAUUCUGGGAAUGCCUGGGCUUACUGCUUAUGUUGGAUUCCAUGAAAUAAGCUCCCCUAAGAAAGGAGAAACGGUUUUCGUUUCAGCUGCUUCAGGGGCAGUUGGCCAACUUGUUGGCCAAUUUGCUAAGUUGAUGGGUUGCUAUGUGGUGGGAAGUGCUGGCUCUCAGGAGAAGGUUGAUCUCCUUAAGAAAAAGUUUGGAUUUGAUGAUGCAUUUAGCUACAAAGAGGAGCCCGAUCUCAAUGCUGCUUUGAAAAGGUGCUUUCCUGACGGAAUUGACAUCUACUUCGAUAAUGUUGGUGGUCCCAUGCUCGAUGCAGUGCUCUUGAACAUGCAAAACCACGGCCGGAUAGCCGUCUGCGGGAUGAUUUCGCAGUAUAAUCUCACAGAGAAGGAUGGUAUUCAUAAUCUCUUUUGCCUUAUUACAAAACGCAUCCGAAUGCAGGGAUUCUUGGAACCAGAUCACAAACACUUGUAUCCUCAAUUCCUGGACCUCAUCAUUCAAUACCUAAAGGAAGGGAAGCUGGUUUAUGUCGAAGACAUCGCCGAAGGCAUCGAGAAUGCUGCAUCGGCGCUUAUCGGUCUCUUCUCGGGCCGCAAUGUAGGCAAGCAGGUCGUCUUGGUUGCUCGAGAAUAGUUGAUGCGUCAGCAGUUUUGUGAGUACUUUUCAAGCUCCAGUGGCUGAAUAUGGUAAGGUAGUGCAGUUAGAAGAGAUAAUUUUCCAAGAAUAAUUAUUGUUUGUACAAUAAUAAAAGCACAGGGUGCAGUUAGUCAUCUAAUCCACUUUGAUGAUUGGAAUUAUUUUUUUUUCAAAUUCGAAGUUUUUUUUUUUAAAUUAAUA